CGCUGUUCCUUAGCCAAUAUGGCGGCAACUUGACUAAAGCAUCAGGAUGAAGAGGGUGAAGGCUUGAAAAAGCAAAGAGGUCCGUCACAGGCUGCGGGCCCGUUCGCCAACGCCGAUCCGAGACGGCGUCGCCAUGUUGGAAGAGGACGGCGGUCAUAGCCUAGCACGACCGAGGCUUCGGUGUUUGUUUGGAUAAGAAGCGCCGCCAAGGCCACGCAAAGGAGCGGAGCGGCGCGCGGCUCGGCACGGCGACGGGAGACGGCGGCUUCGCCGGUCAGCCAUGGAGGACGCGGCCCGGGCUCGCCAGCGUCUAAUUCGCCACCCGGCCCGCGCUCACUUGAAUGGAAAUUAACGCCGAAGGCCAAGCCGAGCCGAGACGAGCCACCAGCCGACACCUGAGGGGGGAGGAACGCGAAGCGGACCCCAAGUCAAUGACUGUUGCGGCAGAGGAGCCGCCACGGUGGAGUCGGCCGGUUCCCGAAAUAUGACCAGGGGUGCUGGGACGUGUUGGCAGCAAGAUGACGACGACGGCUUCCAAAUCUGGCUAGAACCCCUCCGCGAGAACCAAAAGCCAUUCACCGACUCCGAGAGAGCGCAGCGAUGGCGACUGUCCUUGGCGUCCCUCUUGUUUCUCACCAUCCUCCUCUCUGAUCACCUGUGGUUCUGCGCAGAGGCUAAACUGGCCAGGACCCGGGACAAGUUGGGGUCGUCCGGCCUGCCCCCCCCGCAGACGCACUCCGCACACAGCAGCCUCAGAGGAAACCCAGAUGCUAUUUUUCUAGGAAACUCCAGCAAACGUUUGUGGCGGCUGGAAACUUGCCACACGGAGAGUUUAUCCGACACCUGCUUGACUUUCGCCGACGCCGACCAUUUGUGUCGGGUCCUGUCCGACAAAGGGAGCACGCCGGCUGUAAAUAUGAGCCAUUUCUACCUUUCCUUUUGUAACUCCUACUCGCUGCUGGAUUUGUUCUACGGCUCCACAAGUCCGGACAACUUAAACUGCAGCCUGGACGUGCUGGGGGACGGCGACACCACCCGAUGCAGUCUCUGUGUGCAGGCGUACCAGCGCUACGACCAGCAUGCCCAGGAGAAGUACGACGACUUCGAACUCCUCACUUGGAAGUACGAGCCGGCCGCGUAUUCCGUCCGGACAUGCAUGGAACGCUGCAAGACGGCCUACAAGCCCUGGCUCUGUGCUCAGUAUUUCCCCACAAGCCAGCAGUCAUGUCAGAGGAAGGUAUCGUGCCACCAGUACUGUCUGGAGGUUCAACAGAGCUGUCCAUUCAUCCUUCCAGACAACGACGACUUGAUCCACGGAGGCAGCCCCAGUUUCAUCUGCACAGGUCCAUCAGGUCUUCUGAGAGCGACUCCAACAGAGAGCGAAGCCGUGUGCUGUGACGUCCGAUGGGAAUCAAACGCCAACGGCCCCUCCGGCGAGACACUAAAAAGGACUGCUUCCUCCUGCCAGCCCAAGGGGGCCUCGGUCACCUCCACCGCCAGCUCAAGACUCUGCAGUGGGCGGCUGAAGAUCUGCCUGCUGGCGCUGGUCCUCCUGCACACCGCCAUCAUCAUAUCGGCCUCCCAUAAUUCCACAUUGGCGGGCGUGGCUGUUCCUCUUGUGCCCGAAAAGGGGACCUCCAACGAGGACUGAACAUCAGGUUGGAGGACACCUGAGAGGUUUAUUGCUUUUGCAGAUCUACCUGAUGUUGGCCUGCUCUCAUUGCCUCUUCUAUCUGCCGCCAGCACGCCGUCCGGGACAGGAAGUGGGAGGGCUUAAUUGGCGUUUAGGUGGACCGGACCACCCCCUAAAGUUGACCUUUUCCAUUUAAACCUGCUCAUUGGUUCUAUUCCCGUCACGUUUUGGAGAAACGUAUCUCUCUUCCCUCGCUUUCCUUCCUUCGUUCAUUUUUCUCUGUUGUGUGUUUGGAUUCCAAAGCGGAGAUGGUCAAGUUAUUUGUCUUCACCGUAGGAUUUUUCAUCUUUCCAUUUGAGUCCUUCGACUCCUCCACUCCAUUCCUCAUCCUUGCUCCCUGGUAGGACCUCAUCCAUUGUUCCCGUGCGUGCGGUUCUACUGGACCACGGUUUGGGCCUCAAGGGCACCGACACAAAAGGUAGCAGCUAGCAGGUUAGCUUGACCUCAGGAUGGCACUGGUAUCGCUAAACAAAGUACCAUGGGACUCGAAAGGAAAAACCGAAGGACGGCUGCAUGAAGCCAAAACCCCAGGGGCCUCAUUUAUCAGCUAUAUGCUCUUUAUGAAUAUUGGAGCCAAAAAGGCAGAAUCACCCCAAAACCAACUCUUAUGUCCUCAUGCUUAGUUUGUACUUGAGUCCAAGGAUUCUAUCCACCACGUUGAAGGUUGAAGGUGUCGGUUCAUAUGUUUGCUACAUGAACUUAGCAUUCCAGCAGAAAUACUGUCCAGCAACACGUCUGACAUGAACAUGUUUCAUACAAUUAAAUAUGACUAACAAAAUAAAACAAAAACCAACCAACUAAAACAAGUACAUUUUUUUAACUCCAUUUUACUGCAUUUUACUUUUCCCACAAAAGUACUACUAAAUCCACAUAUGAACUUAGUAAUAAGUAGGGAUGUCCGAUAUUAUUAUUAUUAUUAUUAUUAUUGUUUUAAAAAUGUAAUAUCAGUAUCCAAUAAUUAAAAACCAUCUUGGAGGCAUCCAUUGGCGGCAUUACGUGGAAAUACUUUGUCACAUCCUGUUUUAUUCCUGGGCUUUGACGUUGAAAUGGCGGGCGCAGAUAGCACAGAUGAUAGCUAACUCGUUAGCUUGUAGCCGUCUUAUUGUCACUGUUGUCAGUCCACCUUUGUCCUCACGUCCAGCGUCACCAAAUGUGGCGAUGCCGUUCUCAAAGACGGUGCAGGAUGUGGCUACAAUCGUACGCUACAACGACCUCAUGACCUGGAAACAGAGGAUAGAUGGAUAGAUGGAUAGAUGGAUAGAUGGAUAGAUGGAUAGAUAGAUAGAUAGAUAGGUGGAUGGAUAGAUGGAUAGAUGGAUGGAUAGACAGACAGACAGACAGUACACCACUAUUUCUAUCUGUCUAUCUGUACUCGGAAUGGGAGGGUUGUAGACCAGAAGUGGGUGGACUUUUUCUCCAAAGUGGGCAGUGCAUGAAGUGGAUGUGGGUGUGGUUAACCAUAAAUGGGCGGCGCUUAAAUCAAUGCAUUAAUUUAAGUCUGAAAUGAACAUGGAUUGAUGAGAAGUUACUUUAUAUUUUUUAAGUAUGUAUUUUUAUUAAUUUAAUAUUAUUUUGUGAUUAUUUAUUUAUUAUUCAUUUAUUAUUUAUAUUAUAUUUUUUAUUUAUGGCCGCAAUAUGUGUAGUGUGUAUUUGUGUAAAUGAUCUGUCAGACUCAACUCUUCUACCGCUUUCAUUUUUUUCUUAGUUACUUUUUAUGCAAUGUGCUUUUUGCAGGCCCAUAAGAAAUAUGGUCCCCAAAAGGGCCUGCGGGCCACACUAUUAACAUCCCUGGUUUACAAGGCAUCGCCAGGCUGAGGUGCGCUUUCGGCAGCAAGCCUCUCGUGACGAUUCCACGGUUAUGGAGCAUACAAAUGAAAAAGUCUUUUUAGCAAACGAGUGGAACGGCACUUACGUCACAGAGCAUUUCCUGUUGCGUCUUUCCUGUUUCCAUCUGAUAAGACUUCUUGCCUGCACGCAACCAAAGUUCCUCCUUCACUAAAAGUGCAAUGUGAGAUCUGCACGAGGCCGUACUCGCCACAUACUUUUGCAAGUGUACAGCACACACUUGGAAGUAGCGUGGCUUGGGACCUCCACUGACACAACAACAAUACAGGCGGACUUGGUGGCCGCUGGGGCGGUCUCUGUGUGAACAGUGGAGACAUUAAAAUAAACUUAGAACUAAAAACUACAGAACAGAAUUAGGAUUUCCCUUACGGAUACUGAUGACAUCCGUUUCAUACGGGUAUGAAAGGAAAGUUCGAAUCUGCAAAAAUGCAUUAUCCUUCAUGGGGACUCGUUCAUAAAGAGUACCCGGUUCCCACCAUGUGUUGAUUCAAUGACAGGAUGUUCCACAUAUGGGUUGAUAUUGGAAUCAGGAAUUGAGAGUUGGAUCAAUCAUCGGUUAUCGCUAAAGAAGCCAGUAUCGGACAUCCCUACUAAUAAUUAACGUUGUUUGUCACACCAUUUUCCCAAUUUUUCCAUUUGUGGAGCUUAUGGAGUGAUAAUUGAGGCCCCCCCAUCUUGAGUGCCUCUAUAGCCUCGUUUACACUUGCACGCACUUUCUUUCCGCAGUGGUACGCAAUUUGGAGGGCCAGUGAGUAAAAUGGUCGUCAACAGGUGGCAAGCAUGUGGAAACUGUACAGAGCUGCACAAAGAAAUUCAAACAUUAGUGGCACGCAUAGUCAUGAAUGCAACCUGAACGCACCGCGAACGCACCACAAGCUACGUGCAAACUAUGCGUGCAGCGCGUAUCAAAGUGUACGUCUGCGUGUCUCAUUCGGUUAGCCUUUCCACCACUUCCAGCAAUUCAGGCCGGGGGGGGGGGUUGGAUUUUUUUUGAAUGUCUACUACAUUCAUUGAUAUCCUGUGCAUCCCCCCUGUCCCAGAACCGAGUGACGCCCCUGAGUUCAACAUCUUGUAGCCCCCAAAUUGAAGCUGAAUGAAGCUAGGGGUGAUACCUGCUGUUGUGGGAACAAAAGCUGCCACGACUGCUCCAAGGAUACAGGAAGUGGUGACAAUGUACACCUAUGAGAGUGAACAAUGCGCGUUGCAGAUAUUAUUGUUAUGCACAAGACAUAAACACCACUUGACAAGGUGUAAAUACGUUUUUUGGGGGGGUGUAAUUUCUACAUGGACAGAAAGUAAACAGUGCCAAGCUAGUCUAAAUGACAACUAUUGCUACGGCAAAUAAAUAAAUGGCAAGACAACGCAGAGGCAAAAUGUGAGCAAGUGUAAACUUGGGCUAUUAAUGGCAAUGGAUACAUGAAAAUGUCUAUUUUGCGUCCUUAGACAAACCUUAGACUCGGAUAAGCUAAGGGCUGAAUUGGCGUUGGCUUGUGGGAAGGAUGGGAUUUCAAGGGCUGAUCCAUCCAACUAUUUUUCAUAUGAUUUGAAAUGUAGUACCAUAAGAAUACUCAUAUGUCAUAUUUGGUCGAUCCGGUAGCUCAAGCUACAGGAUGUGGUUUGCCCCAAAGCCAGUGGACGGUGAAACAUGGACAUACAUGACUAUAAUCACAACUUUAUUUGGAUGCAAGUAAAGAUGCAUUUUAAAGAGCAAAAAAGAAUGCACUAAUCAUAAGAAUGUGUCAUUUUAGGGCAAAACAGUCCGGUACAGUUGCACUCACAAUUAUUCUAAACUCAUUGUAAAUUGUAUUUAUUUGCAAAGUUUAUAAACUAGCAGUCGUUUGCAAUAAACCAACAAUCAAAAUACAUGUAAAUAGCUCAACACGUACAUUACAAAUGGUCAUUAUCUUUUUACAUUUUGAAAAUAAAUGUCAUUUACAAUGGGGAAUGAAUAAUGGAAAGUGCAAAUGUAAGAAAGGAACGUAAGUUUUUGCUUAUGUAAGACUUGCUAAGUGGAAACAUAAAUUGAUGAAUGGACCUUUUUUCUGGUAUUUAUACUAAAUUUGUGACUCUGCCACAGUCUUUUUUUUCUUUUCAGUUUGUCCCCAAUACAAAACAAUUGGCGUAAAACCUACUUUAUGUGAUUUUUACCUUUUGGAAAUGGUACUAGGUCUAACUGCAACCACCCAAUCCCCCCCCCCGACUUCCGACUCCAUUAGGUGUAUUUGGUCCAUGUCUCCAAAACAGCCAGUGAUGUAACUCAUAGCACAUGAAGUCAUAUCCAUACGACUCGGUUGAUUUUUAAGGCCGCUCAUGGACUUUAAAGACCUGAUCCACCUCACCCACUCCCGUCUGAUCCCUCUUCUUGGAGUGGCGUGUGAGUUUGUUUUUUCCUGGAAGAUGUAUUAGUCUCUCUGUAGCUGUCCAUGUUGUCCACGUGGAUCUAUGCAGAAGAUGCCCUUCGACUACCAGGACCAAACACUUUCUUCUCCUGCUUUCUGUUGUAAAUACGUCCCAAGAAAUUGCCCAUUGCCCUUGCAGACUCACAUCCUCUCCCCGGCCGCGCCCUCUGUUUGAUUCCCACUGUGUUUUCUGUUGGCCUCUUUGUUUUUUGUCUGCUUUGGAGAUUUUUAUUGCCGCAUUUUUUGUUGUCUACUGCAGUGGUGUGAGUUGAUGAGUAGGACUAAGCUGGAUGUUUAAAAAGAUGCCAUGAAGAGGUUUUGAGAAAAACAUACAAAAAACAACACUUGAAUUGAGAAAAGGGUUCAAAUAUAGAGAAAAAAUGAUAAUGUUGUCAAAUUGUCAUACUAGAGAUGCUUUAGUUUGCUAUUUUCCUUUUUUUUUUUUUACAAAAAUUUAAAUUAUUUAUGAAGUGCGUCCCACAAGUCAUUAUCCUUUUUGGACGUAACAAAUGUAUUUAUUAACAUUUUGUUCAAAAGAAAAUAAAUCCAACUUAUGUUACA